AUGUCCACUUUUGUUACACCGUUACAGUUUAGCACUGUACAGCCAAAUCUUUAUAGAGGGUCGUAUCCAAGAGAGAUAAAUCUGCCUUUUAUUGAAACUUUAAACUUAAAGAAUGUCAUAUCUUUGACUCCCAAGGCUAUUGAUUCUGAAUCAGAUGGGUCGUUGACAAAUUUUUGUAAUGCUAAUAAUAUUAAUUUGAUACAUAUUCAAGCAGGGAAGGUUAAAGUUCCCAAGGAUAAAAGUAAAAAAGCAGAUAAACCAAAAGUUAAAAGGAAACAGAAGGCUGUUCCUAUUGAAUAUGAUACUGUUAUUCAGUGCAUUAGAGUUUUAAUUGAUAAGAACAACUAUCCUUGCUAUAUCCAUGGUGCCACAGAUAAUGAUAUGAUUACUUCACUUAUUGUUGCAUGUUUAAGAAAAUUAAGCUUUUGGAGUAAUAUUGCUAUAAUAAAUGAAUAUUUGACUUAUAAUUCAAGUAUUAAUAUUCAUGAAAGAAACUUUAUAGAAAAUUUCAAUUCAGAAAUUACUAUUGAUAAUACUAAAUUAAAGGAUAAAGUUCCUUGGAUACAUAUGCAGUCUAUAACGAAUACAAAUAAGACCCUCCCGAAGCUGGUCUUUGAGCAACAAUAA